AGGCAGACAGAUCGUCCGUGGGGAUCUUUUCACUUACACCAAUGGCCAUUUCCUCGUCGAUGAGGAGCAUCAGCUCCGCCGACGAUAUGUCCGGUUUGACCUAGACGCGCUUUGUACUACUGCUGCAACUGCUCAAGGCGAUUCCAGUCAGGUUACGAGUGUUGAGAAAAUGGAAGGCGGGUUCCGUAAGGCAUUUUUGAUGAAAAAGGCAAAUGGAAAAGAAAUAAUAGCCAAGAUUCCUUGCCGUAUCGCUGGUCCUCCUUCAUUCACAACAGCUGGUGAAGUGGGAGUUUUAGAAUACAUCAACAAACACACGUCUAUUCCUGUGCCUCGUGUAUUCUCCUGGUCAUCGGAUAAUUCUAACCCGGUUGGGGCCGAGUAUAUCUUCAUGGAGAAAGCUGCUGGGGUUCCUUUAUGUCAACAAUGGGGCGCUAUGUCAGAGUUCGAGAAACUGCAGUUGAUCAAGAAUCUAACCAAGCUGGAGGCCCAGUUGGCAGCAAUUCGAUUUCCUGCGUAUGGAGGAUUGUAUCUUCGGGCGGAAAUGAGCGGGCUCAAUAGGCCCCUCGACGGGGAUAUCAAUCCAUCCCAGAGUUUUUGCAUCGGACCUUCUUGCGAUCGGGAGUUCUAUUCGGAUAUGUCUAUGAAACUAAAUCGAGGACCGUGGGAUUCACUUUCAAGUUUUGGUAUGUCCAUUGCGCAGCGAGAAUUACUUCGAAUAUCCAGAGACAGCCCACACAGUCAGUUCGGCUAUUACAAAGGAAGUGUACAGGAACAAACCCAGCUGUUGGAAGUCACAGUGGAGCUCAUGAAACUUUUGGAUUCAAAUAAAACACUUCAAGGGGAUGCCUGUCGCCCUACUUUGUGGCACACGGAUCUUCACAUGGGGAACAUUUACGUCGCCCCAGACGAGUGUUCAAGAAUCGUUUCCCUGAUCGAUUUUCAGUCAACAUGUGUGCUUCCUGCAUUUCUCCAGGCCCAGUGGCCUGUGUUCCUGAGACCUCCACGGAAUUACGAUUAUAAAAUGGGGAUCUUCCAGCCAAGUCUCCCUGCAGAUUUCGACCAACUCGACGAAGAAGGCAAAGAAAUCGCUUUGCGUGAAUGGUCUCAGGUGAAACUGGCAAAGGCGUAUGAGGUUUCAACCUACCUUGAAGAUAGGACAGCUCACAAUGCGAUGAACGUGCCCCGUGUCUUCCGAGAACUGUUCAUUCGAUGUGGACAAGUUUCGGAGGUGGGCGUCCUUCCCCUUCGUGCGUGUCUGAUGGAGAUAUCUGAAAAUUGGACGACGCUUGGGUUCCGUGGGGAAUGUCCCUUUUCAUUCAACCAGGCAGAGAUCGACGCCCAUGAACGCCAGUUUGCUGAAUACCAGGCAUGGCAGGAAGUGAGAGAACUGGCGGAAGAGUGCCUUGAUACUGACGCAGAAGGGUGGAUUGCGCCACAGUUGGAUAUUGAUGAGAAGCGAAGGCAGAACGAGGAGCUUAUGGCUCUGUAUAUUGAAAAGGUGGCCGGUGAAAGAUCUGUCGAGGAGGCGAAAGCAAUGUGGCCUUUUAUUAAGGUCUAGAUUACGAGCAAUUCGAGGGGUAAUAUUCAAACUCUAAGAGCCUGAACACUGUGUUACCAUAAUCGUCACUAGGGAUGAACUCGAGCAUCAG